AUGAACCAAAGUCAAGUAGGCCAAAUAAUCAAGCUUAUGGUUCUGGAGGAUUUUAAAGAACUAUCUCUUACCUUUGGUAGGAAGGAGGCUGGCCCCGUGACCAUCGAGAUUGCAAUUAAAGUCUCUGACCAUAACUGCCCCACCAAAGUCUCCCUCAAAAGGCCAACUUCCACUCGAAAGGAUGAUAGUGUCAUGAGCCCGAGAGUGAAGAUCUCAACCAACAACCAGUACAGACCACGAUUUCCUCGCAGGCCCAGUUUAAUUCUUCUUCGUGACCCUCCAGCACCUCUUUCCCCACAUGUCAACUUUGCUGAUCCAAUUUUCAAACCAGAGAUACUAGACCUUGGCAAUCUCACACAUGAGGAUCUUCAAGAAACUAAUGCUUGUGAAGUCACACCAAACUUGGGGCCCAAUUUCAAUACUCCUGAAGCACUUCUACGAAAUGUGGAACAUUUUGAGAUGUAUAACAGGGCCACAGCUAUCUGGAAUGACGCAGAACAAAGCCACCAGCAAGAUGACAACACUGCCAACCCAGAGGAACCAGAGGGUGACGGUGAUGUUGACAUGGACUUCAACAAUCCAGAGGAUGAGGAAGAUGACAGAAACCCCAUUAUAACCCAACCAGAUGAAGACAAUCCAGACCCAUUUGUGGUGGAAGAUGGAUUCAUCUUGAUGGACAACACAGAUCUUGCCAGCAUCCCACCACACCUCCUGUCAAUAUAUGUAGUUGUCUCCUGGUUACAUCUGCAGUUUCACUUGCCAAGAAUUGCUUGCAAUGCUUUGCUUGUGAUCUUUGCAUGUGUUCUUCUUUCGAUCAUGCCUGGGAUUGACAUUGUUAUGAACUAG